UUCCAAAAGAGCAUGAAAAUUAAUUGCAAACAUAACCUUCAACAUUGAAUCUAAGCAAUUUUUACAAAGUUCAUACGAAAUUUGUUUAAUUAAAGUUUGUAUCUAAUUUCAAAAGUUUCUAUAAAAACUAACUAUUAAAUAACUACAAACAAACGCUUUUUGCAAUUAAAAAAAAAAAAGUAUAAAAAAUCAUUCAAAAUGUCUAGGACUGAAGAACUUCAAUCCGACAUAGACGAUCUCAAUUCGCUUCUUCAACAAGCAAAACGACAAAAGUCGAAAGAUCUCAUUGGAAUUGAAAUAAGACGACUACAAACUGAACUUGAUACUUUAAUAAAUAAAAAUGAAAUCAAAGUAACAUCAACAUUAGUUCAACAAUCUGGUCCAAAAAUUUAUGAAGUCAAAUUAAACAAUUAUGGCUGGGAUCAAACUGAUAAAUUUAUGAAGAUUUAUGUAACAUUAAAAAAUGUUCAUUCACUUCCAAAGGAGUCAAUUAUUUGUAAUUUCACCGAAUGUUCAAUGAAUCUUCAAGUACUUGGACUUGAUAAUAAAAAUUAUCAUCUACCAAUUAUAAAUCUUUGCGAAAAAAUUGACAUCGAAAAAAGUAAUUUCAAAAUAAAAACCGAUCUCAUUAUCAUUUCAUUGGCAAAAAAAUCACCUGGUAAUUGGUCACACGUAACUGGUGUUGAAAAAAGAAUCAAAGAAUUAAAAAAACCUCUAGUUCCAGAAGGUCAAGAAGAUGAUUUAAAAGAUCCAAGUUCAAGUUUAAUGACAAUGAUGAAAAAAAUGUAUCAAGAGGGCGAUGAGGAUAUGAAAAAAACCAUUGCCAAAGCAUGGUGCGAGAGUCAAGAUAAAAAAAAUUCUCUUGGUGAUAAUAUGAUUUAAUUUUUUUUUUUUUUUUAUCUAUUUCUUAAGUUUGUAUUACAUUAUAAAUAAUAAUUUUUUUUUUUAACAUUAUGUUUUGUAUUGUAAAAAAAAGCGAUAAAGUAAAAGUGAGUUAAUUAGUAAUA